AUGGCUUUGCGAACAUCAGCCGACAACGCAGAGGAUGUGGCAGCCGGUUUUCGUAUGCUCCGCGAUCCUCUGGAUGAACAUGCGACAGAGAUCACUGCUCUCAUUGCUGAUCUCUAUAACAUCAGUACGUCGCUAAAGAGCCUGGACGACCUCACCAAGAAUCGCCUUUAUCGACGCACCGUGAAAGCAGCCGAGCCCGAUCUGGAACUCGUGCAGACCAGCUUGAAAUAUACGCUGGAAGACAUUGUCGAUUUCUUCGGUGACAUUGAAGCGCGAACAGGAUCGAAUCGCGACAAUUACAAACGCACAUGGCUCGAACUCAGCUCGUUUUUUCGCAAGGAGUCGCAUGAACCUCUGCCCUCGCGGCUGGUCAAGUACAAGGCGUUCCUGGGACACCUGGAAGAUCUGAUCAAGGGCAACCUUUCGGAUAUCUCGCGCUUGAAUAGCUUACGCAACUUCUUGAAAGGACUCCUCAUACAGCAAGAGGACCGUCUGACGACACGCUUCAGCAGGCUUUCGAUGAGUAGCCCUUCUUCGAGCAGUACCAGCGCCGAUCCAGGAAGCCCAGUGAGUGAUCGGCGACCUCGCAAUCGCAGGUCUUAUGAACGGGCGAGACCCUCUCAUCGCUCGCCGCAUUCGCCGCAUUCGCCGCAUUCGCCUCUGUCGCCUUCGUCAGCGACAUUUUCAGAUAUCCCACCCUCGGCGCCAGAUGCGCCGGGGUCGCCUCUGACUGGUUCCACAACCACAACCAGCCAAUCCGACUCUAAUGCGAUGACGAGCGAUCAUUGGGCUAAGCGGGUGUUCCUGGAGGAAAUCACAAUGACGCCGAUCCCCAAUCGAGGCGACAGGUCGGAAUGUCUCGGAGACCAUCAGCCUGGGCUCAAGCGAUGGCUGAGUGAAAUGGAGUUUGAGGAACUCUUCCAACUGGCGUUCACCGGCGACUCGGACCUGCGAGUCUACUUCUACCUUCGGGAGGACGAUAAUCGAGUACGGAUCGUGUGCAAGGCUCCCCACACCUCACGACCAAGCGAAUAUUUCUGCUUACCUUUGAACCUCUUGGAGAUCGUCCGGGUUGGCUCCUGUCUCAACCUGUGUCGGCGACGGCAUGGGGGGAGCGAACUCGAACUGUGGGCGAACCUCAAGUUCAGCGCCAUUGAACAAAUGGUGUUGUUCUUCUGCACAUUUCUCGCCCUGCGCUCGCAGGACGGAGGUCGGCCGGUAGAGGGCAUUCGCGACUACGAGCUGGAUAAAGAAGAGGAACUCUUUGGCGGACAAAUUCUCGACGACGAUUAUCUGCACGCCUUGCGCGUGUACCGCGACAGAGUCUCCAAAGCCGUGCGACUGCAGGCCUCGGUCCACAAAGGCGAGAUGAAACGUGCACCCGUCUGGACUGCCUUCAUCACCGAGCACAUUGGCGCCCGCAACUGGAUCCAGUAUCGGCCUGGCUCCAAGAUAGUCCUGCUACGUGAGAUCCAACAGCACAUCUUCAUGUUCUCGACAGAUUACUCGCCGAGAAAAACGUCGAGGGGAGAGCACAUCCUGCAGUUCACAAACCGCGCUGACGCGCAAGCCUUCGUGGAGACCAUCACGGAGCUUGCCGAGACGCGCGGAAGACGACCUUGA